CCGCCCUUAGGGGCGCGGAAGCGCAUGCACUCUCAAAAGGACUGCCCCGCCAUGGCGGAGAUGAAGAUGAAUGAACGUAUCCGCAGAAGCUGCAUUUGGAGUAUUGUGAGAACCUUCUGGGAUGAGCGGCGAAGCGGCCAGACGGCCAAAGUGCGCCAGAUGCAGGAACCACGGCAUGAUUUCUUGGCUCAAGGGCCACAAGCGACACUGCAAGUACAAGGACUGUGCCUGCGUCAAGUGCAACCUCAUCGCCGAGCGCCAAAGGGUCAUGGCUGCACAGGUUGCAUUGAAAAGACAGCAGGCGGCGGAGGAUGCAAUUGCAUUGGGUCUGCGGGCGAUGGCUACUGGACAGCAAUUUGGGUUUCUACCACCAGGACCAGUUUUUGCAGGCGUGGACGAUGCUGCUGAGGAAACAACAAAGAAAAGUGAAGAGAGUGCUCCAGAAGAAUUAGCUUCAAUCACGACACAAAGUCAAGAAACCAAUUCCGACGGCGAGGAUGCCUCGGAGGCGGCGGCAGCGGCGCCGGUGCAGGACGAGCUGCGGCUGUCGUCGCUGGAGACGCUCUCGCGGGUUUUUCCUCACAAGAAACGGGCCGUGCUGGAGCUGGUGCUGCGUCGUUGCGGCCAUGAUCUACUCAGGGCAAUAAAGCACUUCGUCCGCCGCUCGGAAGGCGCCCCUUCGACCGAUCCGCCACCCAUGCCAAGUCCAGCCGCGGCAAGCAGCGCGUUCAGCCCUCCGGCGCCCGAGUCACCACCGGUCGCCCACCAGAACCUGCCGUUCCUGGCGCCGCCGCCGCCGCCACUCAUGUUCGGCGAACACAACUUCUUGGCGCCGCUGCCGCAGCUGCUGCUGCCACCAGCCUACAGGACUUCCCUCGGCUGCUACCUGCCCGGCUGCAUCGAGUGCGCCAGGACGCAGGCCACGCAGCAUCACCUCCUCGGCGUCAAGGUUCAUCAGGAGCCCUGA